AACUACAACCUCUGUAUCCAGGAGAUGGGCAUUGACAAACCUCCUACAAUGUGCCUCUGGCAUGAGGGCAUCGCUCGCAGAGGUUCCAUCGAGGUGGCAAGCUGUCUUUUGAAGUGGGAAGAAACAUCUUUCGCUCCCCUAGUCCAGGCAAAGGAACGGAAGCUCAUCAUCUAUAGUGACCGAUGCUGUGGGCAGAACAACAACUGGCGAGUCCUAAACCUCAUGGCCCUACUCGUAUCUAGAGGGUACUUCAGUCAGAUAGAGCAGAAGUUCAUAGUGUCUGGUCACUCCUUCCUUCCCUGUGACCGUUCAUUUGCCACGCUGGACAAGAGGCGUAAGGUGUCCACACUCCACACCCCCAGCGAUGUCGCCGAGUUGAUCCGUGGAGCCAGGCAGCUGCAUCCAUUUAAAGUAAUUGAGAUGAAAUGUGCGGACUUCAGGCAGCUCCCUGAUGCAACAUUAAAGCAUCCACCUGGCUUCCUAAUCACAUCCAUGAUGUGGUUGAAAGUGACAGCUACUGAUCCAUGGUGUGUCCACACAAAAGGGAGCCACAGCCUCUACGAGGGAUGGAAGCAUUGGCUGAUCACCAAACAGAGGAAGAAUCAACCACCUCCAGCUCCCUUGUUUUCCACCACGUAUGCUCGUGCUUACGAGGACCCUCUGCCCAUCAAGAAGGAGAAGCACCGUGACCUUAUGAAAAUGCUAGCCUACAUGCCAGCGGAGGCCCAAGCAUUUUAUGGGACACUAGAAUGUGAAGAGUAGCCUGGUAUGUGUAGGUCAUGUGCAGGGAAAGGUGGGAUAUAUUGUGUAUAUUGUGUGAAAUGAAUCAUAAAAGUAGCUGUAGCUUAUCUUGUAUGCCUUAUCUUAUGUUGUAUAAUAGUAAUAUAUAGG